AUGGCACCAGCCGCUGAUGGACCCCACGAGAGCGACACACUGCGCGUGCUCUUGUCCACGGACAACCACUUGGGCUACGCCGAGAAGGACCCCGUGCGCGGCAAUGACUCGUUCCGGACGUUCCGCGAGAUCCUGCAGCUAGCGCAGCGCGAGCGCGUUGACCUCUUGCUGCUCGGCGGCGAUCUCUUCCACGAGAACAAACCCAGUCGCCACACGCUGUACGAAGCGAUGCGUCUCCUGCGUACUUACUGCAUGGGCGACAACGCGGUGAAUUUCACGGUAGUGAGCGACCAGAGCGUCAAUUUUCCGAAUUUUGGAGUCGUGAAUUUCGAAGAUCCGAAUUACAACGUCGAGUUACCGGUAUUUAGCAUCCAUGGGAACCACGACGACCCGGCGAGAGAAGGCGGUGGAGACGUGACGCAGUCGCUGGCAGCUCUGGAUCUCUUAAGUGCGGCCAAUUUGGUAAACUACUUCGGCAAGAGCGAGAAAGUGGACGCUGUGGAAGUGUUUCCAGUGCUGUUGACGAAGGGAAAGACGCGCGUGGCGAUCUACGGACUCGGGAACAUGAGGGACGAACGACUGAAUCGGAUGUUUGCACAGGGACAUGUGGUGUUUCGAAGACCUGUGGAGCACCCGGACGAGUGGUUUAGUAUCUUUGUGGUGCACCAGAAUCGAGACGAUCGAGGCCGUGGGAGUAAAAACUGCGUCCCGGAAAGCGUGAUUCCAGACUUUAUUGAUUUUGUCAUGUGGGGACAUGAACACGAGUGCCAGAUCGAGGUGCAAGAGAGUGUCAAAGGCGACUUUUUUGUGACGCAGCCAGGGUCGUCGGUCGCAACGUCGCUGGUGGAAGGAGAAGCAAAGCCGAAACAUGUGGCAGUGCUGGAGAUCAAUGGGCAGAGCUUUCGCAUGUCAAAUCGCGAAUUGCACACGGUGCGGCUUUUCAAGAUGGGCGAAGUGAUUCUGAGCGAAGUUGAAGAACUAGAACCGAGUGACCCGGAUGUAGCCGAGCAGAUCAACGAGUACCUGGAAGGCAGGGUGAUUGAACUGCUGCACGAAGCCGAGCUGGAACAGCAAGCGAGGCUACGAGAGCGUGCAAAAGAACGCGAGCGCAGGCAACAGCAGAGUCCAUUCCCACUGCCAGACGCUGCAAAAAAGGAUGAAGAGAAAGAGCUAGUGCUGAUCCGUUUACGCGUGGAACACACUGGCUUUCCACUGCUGGUGAACCAGCGUUUCGGCGCAAGGUUUGUUGGCAAGGUGGCCAACCCGAACGACAUUUUGCUGUUCUACCGACGGAAGAAAGAUCGAGUCUAUGCUUCCGGAACUAAGUCAAGUAUGGAGCUAGAGAAGUCCCUGCUGGGUCGUCCAGUGCGACCCGCCCCGCUCGCCGCAGUGACCAUCGAGGAUAUCUUGAGCAAGCAGUUGUGUAUUCCGGAACGGAAACUCGUCCUCUUGCCAGAGGCGCAACUUGGAAUCGCUUUGGAAAAGUUCACACUCAAGAACAACGCGUCGGCGAUACAAGAGUUUGUAGAUAGCGUGUUGGACGAGACACAGCGUGAAUUGAGCGCGAAGUGUGAGGCCAAGUCCGCGCAAGAUAUAAUUAGUGCCGUUGGAAAGAAGAAGGACUACAAUGAUGCCUUGCAUGCGUUGCAGAAAGAAGAAGCCGAAGAAGAAGCCGAGGCAAGUACCGGCACGGCCGAAGCGUCAGGAAGCAGUUUGUCGGUGCACGGAUUUCAGUCAAAGUGGGCAGCGCAGGGCAACAGCCGCCUGGUGGGAUCGCAAGUUGAGCAAUCUAGCACGCCGACUGCACAGAAAGCAGUGAGGGGAGGGAGCAUGCAGAAAGCAUCGAUGCUGUCCGAUCUUGAGGAUGACAGCGAUGACAGUCCACGUAAGACGACGAGGCCGACGCCUCGACAAGUUCCAGCUCGCGUCACAAGAGACAAAAAGCGGGCACGUGACUCGUUGCUUUCCGAUGACGAUGACGAAGGUAUAUCUGACACUGCUGAAGAUGACGGAGAUGAGAGCUACAAAGCGGAAGACGAUGGCGAUGAAGAGGAGUAUACGAUGCCGUCGCCAGUAAAACCUCGUGGACGAGCUCCAACUCGAUCGACAGUAACUAAGAAACCACAAGCGCCUCGCAAGCGUCUUCGCAAAACUACCGACUUUGAUGGGGACGAAGAUGACGACUUCAAGCCCUAUUCACAGAGACGUGAUAAAGCUGCGCCACCAAGACACGGAUCGGAAGCAAGUCAGGCAAUGAACCUGUGCUCAGACCCGGAGUCGGAAAGAACAGCGCCACGCAAGCGAGUUCGUCAGACAAAUACGAAGACACCUCAACAGCCCAAGAUUGAUCACUUUCUCGAGAAACAAGAGUCGAAGAAACAUGAGGACGACGACGUUGAAAGCGAUCACGAGUUUACGCAGCUUGCCCGGAAGCCAGACGCUUGGAACCAAACGAUCGUUGGCCCGUCGCAGUCGCAAUCCGAGUCGCAGGUAUCUGAAGCUCGUGGGGGAGCCUUCGCACGACGCAAGCUGCCGCUGUCGAUGACCACAGCGUCACAAUCCCAGUCUCAAGAACCGACGCGUGCGAAGACUGCAGCCCCAGCUGCUCGCAAAGGUUGGGGUCGAUCUCGUCGGUGA